CCUUCACUCGGCUCCCGUGUGUGAGAUGAACAUAGUGUGGAGCAGCUCUCUGACAGCACGCAGCCCUGCUUGGAUGGUUCUUGUAGUCUUUUGUGCUCAUUUCUGAGGCUAAUUUACACCCAGCAUCGUUUCUUUGGAACUCACUAGGAUCCUCAACCAACCAUGGUUCUAACGGGCUGUUCUCAGUGUAUUAAGUACAUGCUUUUUUUCUUCAAUUUCAUUUUUUGGCUGGCUGGGGGUGUUAUUUUGGGAAUAGCUCUGUGGCUUCGCCAUGAUGCUCAAACCAGUAAUCUCCUGAUGCUUCAGUUUGAGGGGACCCAAGCUCCAGGAACAUUCUACAUCAGUGUUUAUGUCCUGAUAGCUGUUGGAGCUGUGAUGAUGUUUGUUGGAUUUCUUGGUUGCUAUGGUGCCAUUCAAGAGUCUCAGUGCCUUCUUGGAACAUUUUUCACAUGUUUAGUCAUCUUGUUUGCCUGUGAAGUGGCAGCAGGAAUAUGGGGUUUCAUCAACAGGGACACGAUCUCCACAGAGCUCAUCAGCUUCUAUGAUGCUGCCUACAUGAAAGCUGUGGAUCCAGUGGAGUCAGUCACCAGGCAGGCCGCUGUUAAAGUUGUGGAGGUCUUCCACAGAACUCUCGAGUGUUGUGGUAAAGGAGAUGACAAUGCGUUAUUCUUGGCUGUUCAAGCUGCUGUCUGUCCUAAAAUAGAAACUGAUCCACUCAUCUCACAGAGUUGCCACACAAAGCUGAGAGACCUGUUUACUGAGAAACUCCAUGUGAUUGGUCUGGCUGCCCUCGUUAUUGCUGUCAUCAUGGUCUUCGAAAUGAUCUUCACCAUGGUACUGUGCUGUGCCGUUCGUAAUGCCGCCCCAGCAUACUGAGGGACAAAUUGAUUGUUAGUUUAACUAACAGCAUGCAAUAUUCAAAGCAUACAAAGACUCCAGCCAGUGAUGGAAGAGAGAACAUUCCGCUAUUUUGAGUGUUUCAGAUGUGGAAAUAGGUGUUUUACACGUCAUUUAGACAUCAAGUCAAAUCAGAUAUUUCUUCAUGUACUGUGUAAGUGAUUUUUUUCUGAUAAUCACAACCUGAUCUUUGCAUUUCCGAGUUUAAUAGCUUUAUAAAUACCCAACAAUACAUAUUUUGUCAAAUUUUUUAAUAAUGAAAAGGUUUCUAUAAAGUUGACAGUAGUAAGAACUGAAAUUAGUUGUUUCUCUGUGGUUGUUUGCUAAUAUUAUUCAAUUCACUGUGUUCAAGUGCUUUUCUUGCAGGAUUACAAUUUAUAACUUUUACACUUUUCAUCCAUAACUUAUCUCUGUGUUUGUUUUUGUAUACAUGAAAUGUCCCAUUUGUGCAUGUUCUCAGGGCUUUGGGAUGAAAGCAUAUUUUCUGAGUGUAUGAAAACAUAACAUAUCACCAACAUAUCAUGGAAGUGGAGCUGUCCCAAUAAAGUUCAGUUGCCAAAUAUA